AUGCAAUCACGUUAUAAGAUACAACCACUUCCCACUUUUGUUAUCGAAAUAACUCUUGAUGAACUUUUUAGUGAUCGUAUUACAAAGACAAUAGAAUAUAAUUCAUGUUAUAUCGAUAUUACUAUUCCAAAUCCAAAAAAUUAUACUGAAGGAUUUUCUAUCUGUUUUGCUUCAAAUGUUCUUUUUAUUAUUAUGGAAUUAAAAGAUGACAUCUUUAAGUUAAAAGGAAAUGAACUCCAUGGAUCUUGUACCUCAGAUCAGUCAAUAGUAAUUAAUGGCAAAAAAAUUGAGUUUGAUUUUAAUAAAGAAACUGGCAUAUAUCAAAGUGUAUUUUCUAAUAUUAAAAUAUUCCUUCAUCUAAAAGAUGCUCUUAAGAAUUCAAUUGAAGAAACAAAAGAAGUACCUAAAAAAGAAAUGUCAACAAUAGACUCUUUAAAAAAAUUUCACAAGUUACUUUGUCAAAAAGAAUAUUAUUUAAAUGAACUAGAACAAUCUUUAUAUAACUAUUAA